AUCGUAUAAAACUGCAGCUCAUAUAAUUGCGCACAAACACAUGCAAACAUAUACAAUAAGAAAUAAGAGAGAAACGAAGAGACUGACUGAAAAAUAAGAAAGAGCGAGAGAGCGAUCGAGAGCCGAGAGAGACAGCCAGAAAAGAAACAGAUAGAUGGAGAAAAAGGACAAAAAAACCCGUAAUAUUACCACAAAACAGUUAUGAUAAUUAAUAGAUGAAAAACAGAAGAGAGAAAACGAAGGAAAAUAUAAACGUGAUAAGAGGAACCGAGAGAGAGAGAAAGAGAGAGAGGGAAGGAAGGAGGGUGGGAGGGCCAGCUGGCAGGUGAGCUUACACAGGUAUCAUGGCAAAGGGAGAGGAGCAGUGAAAACAAACCUGCAGCCGCCAUGAGCCAGUUUAACCCCGGUCCUCGAGUGGUGACCAUUUACAAGACUGACACGGGAUUCGGGUUUAACGUAAGAGGUCAGGUCAGCGAGGGAGGUCAGUGGCGGCCGAUCAAUGGUGACCUGUACCCGCCCCUGCAGCAUGUUUCGGCCGUGCUGGAGGGCGGCGCGGCGGAACAGGCAGGCAUACGGAAGGGCGACAGGAUUCUGGAGGUCAAUGGGGUGAAUGUGGAGGGCGCUGAGCAUCGCUAUGUGGUGGAACUCAUCAAGCAGGGCGGCGAUGUACUCAGACUCACCGUCAUCUCUGUCUCUAGGAAGGAGGCAGAGAGGCUGGAACCGAGCGAGGAGACUUCUGGGUUCUCGUACAUAGACUACAGUGAGAAGCGAUCUCUGCCCAUUUCCAUCCCAGACUACUCAUACAUAGAGGCUGGAGGGGACAAGUAUGUGGUGUUCAAUAUCUACAUGGCUGGCAGACACCUGUGUGCCCGCCGCUACAGGGAGUUCUCAAACCUACACAAUAAUCUCAAGAGGGAGUUCAUGGAUUUCAACUUCCCUAAACUCCCUGGAAAGUGGCCCUUCUCGCUUUCAGAGCAGCAGCUUGAUGGACGUCGCCGAGGCUUGGAGCUUUAUCUAGAGAAGGUGUGUGCGGUGAGGGUGAUAGCUGAGAGUGACAUCAUGCAGGAUUUCCUCAAUGACUCAGAUGAUCAUCAGGGUAACAGUAUUCGUGUGGACCUGAAGGUGCUGCUGCCAGACAAGAGUGUGGUGACGGUGACACAGGCGAAGAACGUGUUGGCCCAUCAAGUGUACCAGGCUGUGGUGGAGAAGAUCAACAUUCCACCCGAGACAGCCAAGUGCUUUGCCCUCUUUGAAAUUGUGGAGUACAACUUUGAACGAAAAAUCAGUGAUGAUGAGUUUCCCCACAACCUGUACAUCCAGAACUACAGCACAGCCACAGCCACCUGCCUAUGCAUCCACCGGUGGAUAUUCAACCCACACAGAGAGCUGCGACUGUGUGCCUCAGACGAUAUGGCGCACACCUGGCUCUUCUGGACAGCGGUGGAGGAUGUGAACCGGGGGCAUGUCAAGCCCACGGACCAGUUGUACCAGCUGAAGGCCUUGCAGGACGUGGCUAGAAAGGAACAGUAUCUCCAGGUGGUGCGAGGCUGUGAAGGUUACGGGGACAUUGUGUUCCCUCACUGCCCCUGUGACUCAAGGAAGAAGGGCCAUGUGGUCGCCUUCGUGGGGUACAAGUCCUUCAGGCUGCAGGCGUGUAAAGAGGACGGCUCAUUACAGAGUCAGAUAAUUGAUUUUGCCUGGUCAACGAUCGAGAAGUAUGAAGUGGAUGAUGAGGCGAUGGCGUUCUGCUUCCUGUACCGGCAAACAGAGGAACUCAUCAGAUGGGUCAAGAUCUUCACACCAUAUUACCACUUCAUGGAGGAAUGCUUCCAGCGGGUGCAGGAGGAACACCAGUGGACGUAGGGAGACAGGAGCUGUAGAGUGUAAGACCUGAAGUAUGCUUGUGUGUGUGUGUGUGUGUGUGUGUGUGAUGCUAUGGUGGUGUGCUGGACAUGAUGUGAGGACUUCAUUGGCAUUCGUUGAGUGAUAUCUGAACACAUGUAUGUGUCGACACAUAAACCACUGUUUGAAUGUGAGCGGUUAAAUUUUUAGGAAGUGUUGUGUUUAUAUUGAGAGAAAAUGAGUAAUUCUUUUAACAGACUAUCUUGGAAGUAGGUGAGAAAUCUUGGCUGAGGCAUGGUGGUCAGCACUGCCCAAUACUCAUCUUGUGAAGUCUCUGUCCCCUUACUGGUCUAGGAGGGCCAGAGAAACUUCAGUUUUUAUGUUCCGAGUCAUGGUUACUUUUUACAUUUUAACCUGUCAACCAUAACGUUGUGUUUCAUUGCAACCAGGUAGGAUAUUUAUAAGGCUUCAAAAUUCAGCAAGAAAUACGUGUGUGACAUUUGUAUGGUUUGUGAGCUUAUGGCUCUAGUCAUCUGACCCUCAAGUCACUUUAUCCUUUGUUGAGUGUGUAUGUAACUCCUGCUGCAGUCACUUGUCUCCCAGUACAGCUCUUCGUUUCAGAACAACACGUCUGUCAGACACUCACAUUGCUCAGACCACACUACCCAUGAGUGCACAAAGUCCUGCCCCGUGUAUCCCCUCGACCAGUACCUUUGGGAACAAGUACUGUACGUAUUCUUGUACUCGCGACCUGACAAUUACACUUGCCGUCUAUCUGCCUGUCCCUCCUCCUGUCCCUCACUUCUCUCCGCUGUUUCCUGAGAGACGAGAGAAGUAGUACGUGAGCAGUCCUCAGCCAGCCCAAGACUGCAAGCAUUUGGCUGGAAGUAAGAUGUAAUCUAGUACACAGAAGGCAAAGAAUAUAUUUUUAUCUUAAAGCCAGUUGUCACGCUCCAAUUAUUAUUGUUGUUUUAUAAAAUAUACUAUACAUAGCAAUAGGUAGCUGAGAUAUAUGUAAUGGGAUUGAGUGUUACAUGAUACAGUAUAGCUUGCUGCUUGUGAUGAGCUUGCCUGUGUGGAAGGCAGGAGUCAAGAGAUCAGUGUGUGUGUGAAGUGAAUGGUGUGCACAGGAUACAGCCUGCUGGAGAUAUUAUUUGGAAUAGCAUAUCUAGGAGAUACUAUGUGUGUGUGUGUGUGUGUGUGUGUGUGUGUGUGUGUGUGUGUGUGAGUGUGAGAGAGUGAAUGAGUAAAUGAAAGACACUUGUGAAGGAUUGUGUAUUUACUGUUUUGAAAAGACCAAGAAUGUAAGUUGCAGGAAUGUAUUCUGUAGCUAAUUUAUAGAUGACAGUGUGGAUAUAUAUAUAUAUAUAUAUAUAUAUAUAUAUAUAUAUAUAUAUAUAUAUAUAUAUAUAUAUAUAUAUAUAUAUAUAUCUGCACUUGUUUACUACUUUGAAGUCAUUGAUGGUUUUGUUCCAUGAAGUUGUACUCAUUGUUAUAGAUUUACAUAUUUUCUUCCAAUAUGAAGUGAUGAUAACAAGAGCAGUAUUCCCAGCCAGCCAGCCUCACUAGUCUGUCUGUUCAGUAAGUCGCCACAAGUUAAAUUGACGUGCCCCAAAUAUUCACGCAGCAUCCUCACAGGCUCACCGAGUGUCAGGUGGUGGUGGUGGUGGUGGUGGCGGCGAUGACAAGCUCCUGCCUGAUGGUGUUGGUGGUGGUGUGUGGCAGCCACCUGUUUUACGUGAUAUGCUUUGUAUGAGUCCUCCAGUCAUAGGUUUACAUAACAUAUCAGCCCCAGUGUUAUAAUGGAUCUUAAGUUUGAAGUUAGUCCUGUUUAUUUUAUAUCGUAAUAAUUUCAACAUGGCAAUAUAUUAGAACCUACGCAAAUACCAGGGACACUUAUGCACGCAUCGUCUCAUGCAAAGUGUAAUGUUUUGUUGUCCUACUACUGUUGUUAUUGAAGCUCACUUGCUGUCAGGAUGGAAUCUGGCACUCUCAAGAGGAAUCAUGCACUGUGCUGAUGCCACUGGGACACGCUCCUCCCAGGACACCGUUACUUACUCAGACAGUUUGGGUUUGGGUUUCCUCGUAGACAUUCCACACUCGUCCCCGAUAAAUGUGAUGAAAACCUUUCGUGUUACGUUCGGCCUCUUAGCUAUUUAUUUUGUAUUGACCCUUUUGGUGGCUCAGACAAUAGGUAUGAAGAUUUCAAGAUGCAUUUCCCUUCCCCUUGAUGGACUAAGCUUCAUAACAUUCUCAGUAGCAAUACAGUGAUAUAACACUAUAGUCACCUGAAGACUCCACACACCUGUCACAGCCACACUCCUACAGCUUAGCUAGGUUCAUGCACCAAAGGCCUCCUGUUCAUGCAUUUUCACCUGGGCUUUUACCUGGCUUUCCCUCCUUUUCUGUGUAGCAUUACUUUUCUUGAUAAAAACUGUGUUAUAUUGAAAAAUACCUGUGCCAUAGAAGCUACUGGUUAUAGAUGCUUAAAACUAGGAGGAUGUUGGCAUUUGGUGUUACAGACAUAGAGAGUUAGGAACUGACUAUCCAAUCAUGUAUUUUUCUAUUCAGAUCAGAGUGAGUAAAUCCUUGUUAAUCAUCACCCACAACACAAGAGGGAUAGAUUUAUUUUAUCACUGCAGCUUCUUGUGUGUCUAUCAUGACUGACAACUCAGUGAAAUACCAUGAUAUUGUAUUUUUUUUAUUUUUGUUUCUCCCUCUCUCAUUUCACUGAGGUUAGCAUUACCAAAGAUUCUAGGAUGAUAUACAUUGACAUAGGAGAGCUUUGUAAUAUUGGCUCUUUUAUGGGUUUUAUUUGAAAUAUAAUAUAUAUUUUUUCUUUACCUAGUUUGUAUGACACACCUACACGUAUGAAUCAAAAGCAUCUGAUUGGUGAGCAGACACUGAAAGUUUAAAUUGUGAUUCACUAUGCAGGUUUUAUUUGCAAGUUUCAACUUUUUAUAUUUUUUACUUGGAAACAUUUAAUUAAAUGUAUUUUAUCCUGUAUGUAUUUAAAUUGUCAAUACUUCCUUAGUAAUAACACUAAUUAUGCCAAUUUAUGUAACAGCACCAAUUGUAAUUAUAACAAUAUGCAUGCAAACAUUUGAUGUAUAUAAUUACAUGCCAUAUUUAUGAUCCAAGGUACUGUGUACCUAUUAAAUCAUCUACAUUAAUCAUGUAUAUAUACUAUAUAUCUAUGAA